CUUAACUUCACAGACGCCAACGCGACAACCUACUACCAACCACAGAAGAAACACGCGAACUCCAUCUAUCUUCUUCACCCCCCAACACCCAAAGAUACACACACCGCAAGUCCUCACCACUGCGCCCACGGCAUAAGCGCAACCAUGUCUGCUCCAUUAAAUCCUCGUCCGAUGCUCCAGUCCCUAAUCGACAAGCCAAUCCUCGUCCGCCUAAAGUGGGGACAGACCGAGUACCGCGGAACCCUCGUCAGCGUGGACAGCUACAUGAACCUGCAGCUAUCCAGCACCGAGGAGUACAUGGACGGCAAGAGCACCGGUCACUUGGGACAGGUGUUGAUUCGGUGUAAUAACGUCCUUUGGAUCUCGGCCGCACCGAAGGAGGAUGUUAAGAUGGAGGAUUAAGCGGAAGGAGGAAAGUGAAGGGCUGCGUAUAAAAUUACAUACAAUUGCGCGCAAUGAUCUGUUUGUCUGUGCUUUAUACUUCUGGAUUGUCAUGUUCUGUCGCAUCGCCGGGGUUCGCAGCAAAGACUGUAUUGGCUGCUAGAUUGCAUUGUUAAAAGCUGCUGUGCUUGUGUGCCCGCUGUGGCUGAGGUGAAUUACUGUGCCACAACCAGACGCCAC